AUAAGGCCAAGGCUUGGGUUUGCAAAGCUCUGAAGCUUCAGACAGAUCUGCUCCAAAGGUUUCCAGAAGAUCCCGAAAUGGCUUCAACAACUUUCCUGACUCUUCCCUCUGGAAGGAAGAUGCCCCAACUUGGCAUCGGCACCUGGCUGUCUCCUGCAGGGAUCGUCCAGGGUGCCCUGGAGGAGGCAGUGAAGCAUGGAUUCCGUCACAUCGAUUGCGCCUAUUUCUAUGGCAACGAAGAGGCGGUCGGAGAGGGCCUCCACAAUGUGCUGAAGAAAGGCCUGGCCAAGAGAGAGGACCUUUUCAUCGUCAGCAAGCUGUGGAAUAGUUUCCACGACCCAAAGGAUGUGAAACCUGCUUUGAUGGAGACCUUGAAGCUCCUGCAGCAGGACUAUUUGGACCUGUACCUGAUGCACUCUCCGAUGGGCAUCAAGAACGUCAAAGGGGACCUCCUCCCGCAAAAGGAUGGGCAGGUGAUCUUUAGCGAUGUGGAUUAUGUGGACACUUGGAAGGCGAUGGAGAAGCUGGUGGAGGAAGGUCUGGUGAAGUCCAUCGGAGUGGCCAACUUCAACCCACAGCAGUUGGACCGGCUGUAUGCCCAUGCAAAGAUCUGCCCCGACGUUGUCCAGGCUGAGCGCCAUCCGUACCUGACUCAGUGCGAGUUUCUUGAAUAUGUCAAGAAGAAAGGCAUUGCUUGGGUCUGCAUCAGCCCCUUGUCUUCCCCCGAAAGCCCUUUCUGGAAAGAGAGUCCCCAUCCAAAAAAUGCCAUGGAGGAUCCGGUGGUGAAAGCGGUUGCAAAGAAACACGGGAGGAGUCCCGCUCAGAUUCUGAUCCGCUUCAACCUGCAGUGCGGCUUAGCUGCUGUUCCUAAAAGCCAAAACACCAAACACAUUGAGGAGAAUGCAAAGGUGUUUGACUUCUGCCUGGACGAGGAAGACCUGAAAAAACUGGCUGCCCUGAACUGCGGGGCGCGGGCUGUUCCUUGGGACCUUUUGGGGAUGGGCAAGCACAAAUAUUACCCUUUCUGCAAGAAGGAGUGAUCCUUUCCAGACAAGCGCAAACAGGCCUCGCCAUUCCAAGAGAAGCACAGAAGUGGUGGGGCCAGCUUCUGCCUUUCAUAGCUAAUCAAACUGAGAAGUUACCUUUCGCCAGUCCCAACUCGUCUUAGAGAGGCCAAAAAUGCACCUUCAAGUUAUUUACCUGACAUUAAGAGUUAUCUGUAUGGCAUCUAUCUGACAUUAAAUUUACCUGGAUGGCAUCUACCUGAUAUUCAAUUUAUCUGUAGGGCAUCUACAUGAUAUUUGACUUACCUGUAUGACAUCUAUCUGAUGUUAGAGUUUCCUGCAUGGCAUUUGGUGUUAGAUUUACCUGCAUACUAUCUAUCUGACAUUAGUGUUACCUAUGUGACAUCCACCCAACAUUCUAUUUACCUGUAUGGUAUCUGACAUUAGAUUUAUCUGUAUAGAAUCUGCCUGACGUUAGUGUUACCCAUAUGGCAUCUACUUGACAUUAGAUUUAUUUGUAUGGCAUCUAUCUGAAAUUACAGUUGCCUGGAUGGCAUCUAUCUGAUGUUACAAUUACCUGUAUGACAUCUACCCAACAUUCAAUUUACCUGUAUGGCAUCUGACAUUAGAUUUAUCGGUAUGGCAUCUACCUGACGUUAGUGUUACUUGUAUGACAUCUAUCUGACAUUGGAGUUACCUGGAUGUCAUUCACCUGAUAUCCAAUGUAUGGCAUCUAUCGGACGUGUUAUCUAUAUGGCAUCUACCUGAUGUUCGAUUUACCUGUAUGGCAUCUAUCUGACGUUAUCUGUAUGGCAUCUACCUGAUGUUCGAUUUACCUGUAUAGCAUCUAUCUGACGUUAGAGUUACCUAUAUAGCAUCUACCUGAUAUUAGAUAUACCUGUAUGGCAUCUACACAAUAUUCGAUUCACCUGUAUGGCAUCUAUCUGAUGUUAGAUUUACUUGCAUGGCAUCUACCCGCUGUUCGAUUUACCUGUGUGGCAUCUACCUGACGUUAGAGUUACAGGGAUGGCAUCUACCUGAUGUUCGAUUUAUUUGGAAUGGGACAUGUCAGAUGGGCAACUUGAAUGUGAAAGGACCGAUUUCAUUUCCAUGCUUGCUUUUUAUGAAUUUACCACAAUCGCAUAUUUCAAUGGUGUGUGCCUUUGGGGGUUGCAAAGAACACCAGUGCUUUGCAUUUUUGUUUCCUUUUCCAAUAAAAACAGCAAAAUGUGA